AGAGCAAAUGUGGAGAAUCAUCCAGCUACUCAUAGCAGUUUAAUGUCUCAAAUUCACCAGAAUGAACAGGCUACAUGCUUCAGUUUUUAUCCCUGUACAACUUUAUGUGUCCUAACAUACAGAAACAGGAAACAUUGAAUGUUUACAUGCCACCAAAUUAUUGAAUUCCCCAUCCAACUUCCUGAUGUUAUUUAUUUUUAGAAGGAAAAGCAUUUUAUAAUAACUUUUGGCUCAUGCUCGCGCUCUGUUUCAGACAGGGAUUUUGAGAACGAUAAGAAAACAAAGUGAAAAGAUUUAUGAUUCAGAAGCACAAGCAAUACAAGAAACACAAAGUUUAAAAGUAAACUAGUGCAGUUUAAAUCAAGGGAUUAGAAAAGACAAAAGAAUACAGUAAAGAUAAGAAUCAUGAAUGUUGAAUCAGAUUCUGUACAACCAGUGAAUAAUUAGACCUCUUACCGUACAAGAUCAUUUCAAUUUAUGAUUAAAUAGGAAGUUCUUUUGCACAGUUACCAAAUAAUAAAGCAGCCCAGGAAAAUUUAACAAUAACUUUGAUGAUUGAAGUCACGUAACACGAGUUAAAUCGCUCUUGUAUUGGGUGUUCACCUUACAGUAACUUAGUGUAUAUGAUCUCAGUGGUGACAAGUAACCGACUGAAUCUACUUGAGUACUGUAAUUUACUUAAGUACUUCUUUGUUUGCUGCUUUCUACCGCUUAAAAUUGAAAUACUUCAAAAGUAGGUUAUGUGAGCUUUUAAAAUGGACCCACAAAGACAAGCUGCAGCAUUAAAAUGCAUGAUUACAAUGCAGUAACACCCAAAUGAAUUAAGUUUUUAUCAUUGUGUCAUGCGUAAUAGUGUCAGUCUGACAAGAAGAAAAAAGUACCCAACAGUUAUAACAAAAAAAUCAGUUGAUAGAUCAUCAUCAUCAAUCAUCAGUUUCUACAAUCUGAAAGAAGAAGUGGAAUCACUGCCCACCUCUCCCGAAUCAAACAGGUAGCUUCAUCUGUUUCCUGCAUGAUGUUUUUAACAGAGCAACAUUAAGAAGAACCAGCGAGUGACACCUUGAUGAACUGAGUCAGAUGCAUGAAUACUAAUCAAAAAGUGACAGAGGACCAAUCUAACAUGUCUAAUUUCUCUCAAAAUGUUCGUUCUUGUUAACGCCAGCAACAAGAAAAAAAAAAGGGACUAAAACAACAACUCCUCCCUCCCUUCCUACCUUCCUCCCUCCCUCCAUCUAUCAAUCUAUCUGCUCCCUCCCUCAGCGUCUGAUGCCUGAAUAAGCACCGUCAGACACAUCAGUGAGCCUGUUUGCAGAUAUAAAGAACGUCAGGCGGCGGGUGGGACAGAGCAGCAGAGUGUUGGUGGAGAGACGUUUAUCUGUCCCAGAACAGAGCAGAUCAGAGGAAACUGACAGUAUCCUGCACCAAAAACUACUCCUGUCAUCCAGAGCAACAUGAGAGAGUGCAUCUCCAUCCACGUGGGUCAGGCCGGUGUCCAGACAGGAAAUGCCUGCUGGGAGCUGUUCUGCCUCGAGCAUGGCGUCGGUCCUGACGGCGUCUUCCUGGACAGUCCCACACAACAGAACUCUCGUGACGACCCGUUCAACACCUUCUUCAACACUGGGAGCUCUGGUCGUCAUGUCCCCAGAGCGUUAUAUGUGGACCUGGAGCCCACUGUGGUUGAUGAAGUGAGGACGGGAAUGUACAAGGACCUUUUCCACCCUGAGCAGCUGAUCUCUGGAAAGGAGGAUGCAGCCAACAACUACGCUCGAGGACACUACACAGUCGGGAAAGAGAUCAUCGAUGGAGUCAUGGAGCGUGUUCGUAAAAUGACCGACCAGUGCACUGGCCUUCAGGGCUUCCUGGUGUUCCACAGCUUCGGAGGUGGCACCGGCUCUGGUUUCACCUCCCUGCUGAUGGAGCGUCUGUCUGUCGACUAUGGCAAGAAGUCCAAGCUGGAGUUCUCCGUCUACCCAGCUCCCCAGGUGUCCACUGCUGUGGUGGAGCCCUACAAUGCCGUCCUCACCACCCACACCACCCUGGAGCACUCUGACUGUGCCUUCAUGGUAGAUAAUGAGGCCAUCUAUGAUAUCUGCCGCCGCAACAUGGACAUUGAGAGUCCUGGUUACACCAAUCUGAACAGGCUGAUCGGUCAGAUUGUGUCCUCCAUCACUGCCUCCCUUCGUUUUGACGGUGCCCUCAAUGUUGAUCUGACAGAGUUCCAGACCAACUUGGUCCCAUUUCCCCGUAUCCACUUCCCUCUGGUAACCUACUCACCCAUCAUCUCUGCUGAGAAGGCUUACCAUGAGCAGCUAUCAGUGGCUGAGAUCACGAGUGCCUGCUUCGAACCAUCCAAUCAGAUGGUGAAGUGUGACCCUCGUCACGGCAAGUACAUGGCUUGCUGCAUGCUCUACCGAGGUGACGUCGUCCCUAAGGAUGUAAACGCUGCCAUCGCAAAUAUAAAGACCAGACGCUCCAUUCAGUUUGUUGACUGGUGCCCCACUGGCUUCAAGGUCGGCAUUAAUUAUCAGCCUCCAACUGCGGUCCCUGGUGGAGACCUGGCCAAGGUCCAGAGGGCUGUAUGCAUGCUGAGCAACACCACUGCUAUUGCAGAGGCCUGGUCCCGCCUUGAUCACAAGUUUGAUCUGAUGUACGCUAAGCGUGCGUUCGUCCACUGGUACGUUGGUGAGGGGAUGGAGGAGGGAGAGUUUGCAGAAGCCAGAGAGGACCUGGCCUGUCUUGAAAAGGAUUACGAAGAGUUGGGUCAGAUGAACACCGAGUCUGACGAUGACGACUACGAAUACUGAGCCUUGUGAGGCAGAAAUUUCAUACUGUACUGAUGAUCUAUAUCUUCUAAGCUAGAGCUAACCAAAGAUCUCUCUCACUGCCAUGUUCUCACUUCAGCUUUACAUUAAGAAGACAAACCACUACA